AUGGAGCUGGUGUGCUCAAAAUGGAGGAUCACGGCUCUGAUCCUUAUGUUGUGGCCUUGCUGUACGAUCGCACAGACCUCCGGUGACAUCGACUUCAACGUCACCUUUCCACCCAGUAGUGGUGGCGACAACAGGGUAGCAUAUUAUGUUGUCUGGAGCCAGCCCGACCCCGCAGUACCCGAAUAUGAGUUUUCGUGCGCAGACAAGUGCUUCAUCAACUGGACGCAGUCCGGCGUCGAAGAUGUCUUUGUCAAGAUAGAAUGGAGCGACGAGUCGUCUUCGGGUGAGUAUGCGACAACCUUCAACACAUCCGCCGACGAUUUGUCCCUGUCUUGGGGGAAGCUGCCGUAUAAUUCUGUCGAUGAGUGGAACACAAAAGCGCGAUACCGUUGGAUGUUCUUUCCCCAGUAUACUCCGGACAAUAACGGACUGAAUCAGUUGGGCGUCUCGGACUACUUUGGGAUCAAUAUCAAGGAUUGGUCGUACACGAAGGGAACGCCGAUUUCAUCUACCGGUAGCACAGCCACUCAGGGCACAAGCGAGACUCCAUCGAGUAGUAACUCGGAUAGCAAUGGCAGCAACAUGAAUGGUACUAACACUGACACUGCUGAAGGGAACGACAGUGGCAGCACCAGUACUGACGGUGGCGACUCUGCUGCAGAAGGAUCAGCAGGCUCCGGGCAUCUCUCCACCAUAGUCAAAGUUGUCAUUGGACUUGUAGCAAUUGUGGUCGCUUUGGUCACGGUCGGCAUAAUAUUCAUCGUCAUCAGGAAAAGCCAACACCGAAACCAGCUUUGCUUUCCCUCCACCAAUGCAGAGAAAGGCAUCGAUGAUUCCAUCGGCGGUAAGCCAGAGCUACAGGGCAGCGUGGCGACCGGCAGAGGUGUUCCUUAUGACAAGGCCGAGCUGCCGCAAUCAUUGCAGCCGCACGACGGCUCAGGGUACGUUGACGCAAAAGAGCUAGACAGCAGAGUGUUUGUCGCAGAACUGCCGGGCUCGCAGGCGACUGAAGGCUCUGUUCUCGCGGAGUUUCCAGCAGCCAGCGCUGACGCCAACGCACUCAAGGCCCAGGAGAGAGAAUUGACGCGUCGCAUGGAAAUGGACGAGGCAUUGUGCAGGCUUCGAGCCGAACAGGUUGCCCUGCAUGAUCGGAUUCGCGUGGCGGAGAUGCAGAAGCAGGAAGCCAACGGUGGAUGA